AAAAACUUUUUUAAAGAAGAAAAAUGGUACAACUGAUUGAUACAUUGAAAAAGUCUAAAAAUGUGCAAAAUGUAGCAAUUGUAGACUUCCCAGCUCCUCAAAGAGAUAGGUUAGGAGUAUCCCUUUGUACCUAUUCAGUCACGUUCUCAACAUACAUUUAUUAAUUGCCUACUUUGUGCUAGGUAUUAAGCUUAUGGCUAGUAGUAGAAAAGCAAAAGAAUAGUCUUUGCUUUCAGGAAGUUUAGAGUCUCAUGGGGUGGGGGAAAACAUGCAAAGAGUGAUGUACAAGCAAAUAUCUACAGGACAGAUUGGGGAUAAUCUCAGUGGGAAGGCAAUGAUGUUGAGGGCAAUCAGAAAAUGCUUCUUGAGGAAGGUGGGGCUUUAUCUGAGGCUUGAGGGAAAUCUAGGAUGUAGAAAUGAGGAAGGAGAGAGAGUUGUAGCAAUAGGGGAGACCCAGGAAAAAUAUUCAGAGGAAAGAGAUGGAGGAACAGCAAGGAACAUCAAGAAGGCAGCAUCAGGAGCCAUCAGAGAGGAAUAAGGGUAAAAAGAGUGGCAAGAAAGGAAGAGAAUGUACGAGAUAAGUAGUCCGAAGUAGGCUGUAUCAAGUAAAGCUGAGAUCUCUGGAGGGUACUUUAAGAUGUCUAUGGAAUGUUUUAAAGGUCAGAGACACAGAAUUCUCAGAAGUGCCUUUGGUGAGGAGUUGGAUUCUAACGGACACACUUUUGAGUUUGAAGCUCAAGAGUGGUGGUUGGUUGGCAUUUUCCUCUCUUAUUCCUGGAGGAUUGUGGAUAGAGCAGUUUUAAAUAAAUGAAGGUUUUUUAUAUAUCAUUCUCCUGUUGAUUUUUUAUCAACUGCAAGUCCAAAUAUCCUCCAACAGCCAACAACUGAAACCUGAUAGCCUGCCAGGAAUAUUCAAUAAUCAACUAAUACAAGAUCAAUAUUAGGAUGAUAUUCCUCAUAUCAAGUGAUGAGUCCAACAGAAUAACAACCUUUUAUUUUAAAACCAACUGCUUAUUUUAAAAAAGGGGAGAAACAACAUACCGUUUUCCCCCUUCAGACACAGAGGCCACUGUAGAACUGUCUUCUCCCAACUGUCACAGGACAUUCCAGCAGUGAGACACAGAGGCUGCAUUUACCAAGAGUAAAGAAAAGGAAAGAUUAUCUUGACCAGCAGUAAUAUUGCCUUUAGGAAUAUUAAUCAGAUAUCUAUCAAAAAGAUACCAGGAUAUAUAUAAAAGAGAAUUACCAAUGCUUCAAACAAUAAUGGACUUCCUUUUCCUGACAUUGCUAGUUGUAUUAACAUGGAUUCCACUAGGUGGUUGUGGAAUAUUGGUAGGGCUUAUACUUAGGACCUCUAUAAUGUACAUCCUAAAUAUGCUACCUACACAACAUAAGAAACAAGAAAAGGAAAAAGAGAAGGAUGUGAAAAUGCAACAUCUGGAAAAUAUCAUUAUUGGACAAGGACAGAUUAUUGAGAAAAUAAGAAAAGAGAGUAGGGAAACGCCCUCCACAUUUGUGGACAGAGUAAUUGAACCGAGAGAGAGAUAUUUGGCACUGGACAUCUCCACAGACAGGGAUAUAAAGCAACCACGGAGACAAUUUGUCAACAACUCUUGUCAAGUAGUAAGGCACCAUUUUCAACAGCAGCAUCCAGACUGUUAUGAAGUGCCACUGGAUGAAUUGCCAAGGGUUACAACUUAUAUAUUUAAUAACGAUAAAGAUGAGAAGGAAGAGGCAAAUAAUGAUGUAAUAGAGGAACUGAGGCAGGAAAUUAAAGAUCUAAAGUUUAAGCUUGACGAAACUGAGAAGCAUGACAACGUAGUGGCUCUGUUCAGUGAAUAUAGGCAACUAAGACUCUCUAAUGGUCCACAAAGGAAUUUUAACAACCAAGGUCCCAGGUGCUACUUCUGUGGAAGGCAUGGUCAUUUUAUGAGGGAUUGUAGAUCCUUGGGACAGAUGUGUAGACGGAAUGGUGGUUUCUUCCCAAAUCGCUUUAGAAACAAUGCAGGUUAUUAUAGGGGCAACCAAUCUUACAACCAAAACAGAGGAUAUACAGGAUUUAGAGGCAAUGGGUUCCAAAAUGGAUAUAGGUACAGCUAUCAGGAUAGGAGACGUCGCUAUCACAAUGAAUGCAAUGAUACAUAUUUCCAAUGCAACUCUCAGACAGACCAAGUGCAAAACUAUGAAGAGAAUGGAACUGUCCUUAGUACUCUCUGUUGUUGUCAUUGUAAGCAAUCAAAAGCAGGAAUCCCAAAAAGGAGCACAGGUUCCUUAUGGAGAUUUUAUAGAGGAGAAGACUAUGAAAUCUAUGACUAAGACUAUGACAGAUUUUAAAACCUGAAUACCAUAUAGUAAAAAUAAUACAAUCAAUUAGCCACACUGUUUUAAUUUAAUAAGCACUGUAGUGAUCAGAUUCACUGAUAGCCUCCAGAGGUAAAACCAAAACUUAAAGCAUGUCCUGAUUAUACCUCAUUAAGUUCGAAGUCAACCAACAUUUUGUAAGCAAUUAAUUAGAAGCAGCUCUGUCCAUAUUGUGUCAACUUCUGUCUUGUCUCCCUUGCUCUAAUUUAAAAAUCUUCACAAGCCAAAAUGUAGGACCUGUCUCUCACUCCAAGAUUCCUGGCUGCCCAGAUUAAGAUAUUUCCUUAGACCUCCAGUGCAUCAACUGUUUUUUCAGGCACUGAGAAUUGCUCCAGUGUAUGUGGAGAGAGACUAUACCUAUGAUUUUUAAGUUACUAUUACUGAUAUCUCAUCGUACUUAAGUAACAACACAAGUGUGACCAGAAAAGGAUAAGAAGGAUUAUUUGCCUCUUUAUUCCUCAAGCACUGAAGUCAAACCAUACUAAAGAUGCCAUUAGAGCAAAGUCAAACAAUUUCCCCUUUAUCCAUAUAUGAAGAUAGCAACAUUUUAAAGUAUACCUUUGUGUCUGAGAAUGAUAUGAUCUCUUCAUUGCCCUGUAUCAAUGAUCUGAGAACUAGGGGAAGUUAGCAAGAAAUUAUAGGCUUGAACUGGGAAAGAGAAACUAGUCUGGGGGAACCCCUGUUUUCAGCAAAGGAAACCACAGAAAUUCAGUACCAUCUGAGAGCUCUGGGGUCUCCACUGGGAAAAGGACUACAGCGUUUGGCUAUAAAAAUAGCCAAAUAAAAAAUAUAAUAAUAAAAAAUAAAUAACAUAAAAUAAUAAAAUAAAUAAUAAAUAAAUAAAAUAAUAAUAAAAAAGCCACUAGAGAGAAUGUAUAAAUAAAUGAAUGUAUAAAGAAUGAAUAAAAAAGCCACUAGAGAGAAUGUAAGCAGCUGUGGCUAGUACCACUGAUGAAAGUAUCACAGCAUCCAGUUUGGACUCACAAGCACUAAAUAUUGUUAACAACACCUACUGCCUAAAAGGAUCUGGAAAAGAUGCAUGGUAACAUCGCUUCCAUAUGACAAAGCUACCAUCAGGAGAAGAAUGGCACAAUAGCUGAAGUUUCUUCAGGAGAAGAGGGUGAUCCAGAAGGAGACAAAGAUCAGCACAACUGCAACAAAGACAACAACAAUGAUCACACAAGGACAACAGAAGAGGGACAACAGACUGGCUAUGGACAAGGCUUCAAAAGGACAAUGCAUGGUUUAAAAAAACACAUUGCAUACACAUUGCAUAGACAUUGCUACAAGCAACAAAAGAAACUGGCAACAAAACUUUUGCAAGGAGACUGAAGAGGAAGACUGCAGACCUGGGUUUCUUAAGACACUACACUGUACAUUUCAAUGGAAAAAAAGAUUUGAAUUAAGAGGGGUUUGUAUAAGAAUAGAAAUGGUAAAAGUACAAAAGUUUAGGGUUUAGGAAUAGUUCUUACUAAUAUAAUACACAACAUACCAUAUGUUAAAAGGGAUGUUAAAAGUUCUAAAUAGCUAUUGCAUAUAAUAUUUAAUGCAUAAUAGUAUAAAAAGAUAAUUAAUUCAUAGUGAUUUUAUAUCCACAUCACAGAGUUUUUUUUUUUAUUCACUACAGGGGAGAUUUUUAUGGUCUUCCUAAAAGGUGACUUCAGUAAGACUGUAGAUAUGAUGUAAUACAUAGUUUAUGUACAUAUGUAUAUUCUUUUAUAAUAGGUUUCUUGCAAAGUUUUUUUUUUUUGCAUAGUGUGAGUUGAGUUUGAAUUGUUUUUAGAUAGGAUUUUCCCCCUUUAGUAGAAUAGUUACAGUUUUGAGGGUUUUUCUAUAGCAGUAUAAGAUUAUUUGGAAUUUUUUUAUCCUUAGGUAGAGAUUUUUAUAUUAGAAUAGUUAAAAGCUUUAUUUUUUUCAUUUCUAUACUCUUUGUAAGAUGAAAUUUAAAGUAUUGUACUUAGAUUAAGUUUUGUUUUCUAUAACAGCAUUGGGAAACAAGUGUUCUUUGGUUAUUUUGUUAUUUUCAUUUGGAGUUCCUGUAAUUGUAAUGUUGGAUUUGCAGUUUUGCAAGAGUUUUCUUUACUUUCUCUUUUUUCUCAUAGUUUUAAAUAAAUAAGGGUUUUUUUUU